CCAUCGAGUUUUGAUUUGUUGGUUUUGUUAGUAGUUUUUAAAAAAUUUUCUGCUCCGCGUAAAGUCGUGUGCGCUGCGUCCGAAAAGUGAGCCCCAAUGAAGCUCUGGUCGCGCAAAACGCACAAGCUCCCUCGCCAAGCAGUGCAGAAGUCAGUGAACGAAAAUUAAAAAAAAUUAGAAGAACCGAAGCUACGGAAUAUCGAAAUUACCAAACGCGUGCACGAGUGUGAGUGUUGACUGCAUUUGACUAGAAAGUGUGGGCGAGAGCGAGCGGGAAGGAAAGUGCAGCAGAGUGCGGUGUGGCAAGCACUGCCUUUACCCCUUCCAGGCCGUUACCUUUCCAUUUUGGAAUAGGAAUCUUCCUUAAAAAAACAGUUUUCGUACGUAACGAACCUAACGUUUUGCAACACUGCCGGCAGGACCAAACAGCUGUGGCAGUCGGCAAUGCACCAAGAUGAGCAGUAAGGAGCAGCAAGCAGCAGGCCGGGAUUUCAAGCGCAAUUCGAACGCCUACGCCAGUCUGCCGCCCUCGGGAUCAGGAGCCGCAUCCUCCGGUUUGGGAUCGGGAACGGGACCGGGAUCAGGUGGCAAGGUCCGCAGCAGCAGGCAACAACAGUUGGAACAGCACGAGCAGUAUGGACUCUCGAACAGCCUGUCCAGCGAGUCAAUUCGACAAGCUUGCGCCUUCUUCGACGACGAAUUGAGCGACGAGGACCUCAUCGAGAUCCAGCAGACGCCGCAGUCCUUCCACCAGCAGGCCAAACAACCCCUCCAGCUGCAGCCCAUCAGCUUCAGAUUGUGCGGUGGCGACCUGGGGGACGAGAGAAGUGCCUUUUGUGGCAGCCAGGAGAUGCAACAGGCCCCGUUGAGUACGCCCAUCAAGCAGCAAGCACCUGAAACCGACGAAGCCUUAUGUGUGCUCAGCGAACUGGACGCCAUUCUGGAUGUGCACGAUGUCUCGCAGCUAAAUGGUACCUGCUCAAGCUCAUCCAUGAAUUCGGGCAGCGACGAUGACAAGGUCGAGGAUUACCUCAUGGACCUGGACAACUACCUGGAGGAGAUGGACAAUGCUUUGAGUCGCGAAGAGUCGUUGAUCAUCAUGGGCGGCCAGUCCAGCCUGAAAAGGGAACCGAGAACCAGAACUCUGCCUUUGAGUAGGAAAAAGAAGUCGAACAAGAAGAUAAGUGAGGAACAGGAGGCGGCUCAGGGGGAUUUUCAGAGGGAGCAUCAAAUAAGGAAGACCUUCAGCUGCUCACUGAGGCCCACAAGCCAAACAGCUUCCUCUACUGCCUCUCUAGAGGCAUCGACGGAACCAGCAAUGGAUGUUUGGAGGCGUCAGUCCUUGCGUCGCGCCGUCGAGCAGGAUGAGACCAAAGUCACAGCGGACGAGAGGGAGGAGGAUGAUCUACCCACUUUGUUGGUCGAGUUGCCGCCAAGACGCGAGGCUGAGAUGCGGCGCUGUUUCUCGCAAGGCGACUGCCAGACUGCAACUCCUGGUGGCUCUCAGAUGCUCACAGAGGCGCACAUCUUCGACAACCUGCUGCAGACAACGGCCAGGGCUUCCAGCGAGGAGCCGCGUCCCCGCCAAUAUGGUCGCCGCUUGGAAGGACCGCCCACACCGGUUCGAUCCCUGAUCCUGGCCCAGAGUCGGCCACAGAGUGCUCCCACACGUGUGCAGAUGCGAGAGCCGCAGCUGCAGGAGACGCCCACGCACCCCAUCAUGUCCACCUGCUCGGAACUGAGUUCGGCGCGCUCCUCACGCAUGCCCAGCCCGGUGUCCCUGCCCUCGGACAGCAGCAGCAGUGGGAGCAGCUCCGCUGAACAGGACCAGGAGCAGGACGGGCCGGUGCAGACCACGACAAUGUGCAGCGCCAGCAGCACCACGCCCCUGGAGCCACUGCACCAACUGCAAUUGCUGCUGCGCGAGAAGUGCGGCUUCAACAGCCAGUGGCCACAUGCCGGCAGUCGCACUCUGGCCCUGAUUGGCUGCACUUUGGGAGUCUUCAAUAUGUGCCGAUUUGCCGUGCUCACCAUGAACUUUGGUGGCAACUUUCUGCUGCAGUUCCUGCUGCUCUCGGUGGUCUUCGGGAUUCCACUGCUUUGGCUGCAGAUGUGCCUGGGCGCCAAAAUACGCGCCGGUCCAGUGUCAAUGUGGAAGAUCAGUCCGAUUUGCGCCGGCGUGGGCAUUGCCCUGGUGAUGCAGCAAUGCUUUCUGGCCUUGUACUCCACUGUAUCGCUGGCCUGGAUUCUUGUUUACCUAAGGGAUGUGUUCCCCACUGCAUCGAGCACUGGUUAUCGCUGGCAGGAGCUGGCGUUCCCCUAUCGCUAUGAUGCCUCGAAUGCCACCGGCAAUCUCACGCAGACGGUGGCCGAGUACUUCAACGUGGUGGUGCUGCAACGGCUGCACCUGGCCAAGCAUCCGGAUGCCAGCGGAAUACGCUUCCAUGUCAACGAUCGGCAGCUGGCCUUCUAUCUGGCCCUCAUCUGGGCGGCCGUGUUCCUCAUCCUCUGCAAGGGCCUAAAGUCCUUGGGCAAGCUGGCCUACAUCAUCUACACUUUGCCAUUGCUGGCCCUUGCGGUGGUGACCGCCAAGUUUGUCUAUGUCGUGGACCCCAGCAGGAUACAGAACAUCUUUGCUGCCAGCGAUUUUGACGACUUUCUGGUGAACUCGAAUAGCUGGACGGCGGCUACUCAGGAGACGUUUCUCACCUGGGGUCUCCUAGGAGCCUCGGUGAUCGCCAUUACCAGCAGAAGCCACGCCAAUGCCAACAAGGCGGCCCUGAGAAGGGAUGCAAUUCUCCUGGUUCUGUUCACAUUGAUUGGAUUGGGUUUGAUGGCCCUGCUAGCCCUGUGUUGUGCCCAGAUUUUGUGGCAGCACGGCUACGUCUAUGUGCCAGGAUCCUUUGAAAACCCGGAUUGCUACACGUCCAUUUACUCGCUGCAAUCGAACACUAAUCCUUACUUGCUUUCCUAUCCGCGUUCGCUGAUUCCGCACUACUCCUCGUUCAUUGGAGAGACGUACAGAAGGAACCGCACCAUGAUCCACGUGGAGAGUGGUUUCCAGGCGCUGCGUUUCAUCUCGGAGAUCUUUCCGGCCGUUCUGUCGCUGGCCAGCGAUAGCAUCUCGUGGGUGUGGGCCGCCGUGGCCUUUGCCACCUUCGCGGGAUUCGGACUGGCGCAGCUGUGCGUGAUGUGGAAACCAAUCUCGAGUGCCCUGGGCAACUCCACGAGUUCCGUUCUGCUGAGCUGCGUCACUGGCCUUCUGCUGAGCAUCCCCUUUGCCACCGAGAUGGGCAUUUCGAUACUUUACUAUGUGGAUUUUCUGCUGGGCGGCUCGUGGUUCGUUCCGAUCAUCUGGACUGCCCAGAUCUUUGGCGUGUUCUUGAUACGGGGACGUCCCUACAACGGAGAUGAUCUGGUGAACGACUUGCGGCUAUGUGGCUCCAUGUCCGCCUUCCUGGCCUUGUCGUGGAACGUUCUGCUGCCCAUUGGCCUGAUCACGCUGUCAGUGGUGGACUACAAGGCCUCGUUGUCCAAUCAGUUCUACUAUUGGCGUGGCAAGUCCUACUUCACUUACUGGUCCCGGAAGAUGGGCAGUCUCAUCCAGAUUGGAGUGCUUUUGGUCAUUCCCGUGACUGCUAUUAUUCAGAUCUACCGGUAUCUGGCCCACGGACCUCCGGAUAUCCUGGAGCGCAUUCAGCUGCUGUAUCGACCGCCGGAGGAGGGAGAGGAGCCUCGCCGCCCAUCCGCUCGACAAAGUGCGGCCCAAGGACGUCGCAAUGCGUUGGGUCAGACGUCGGAGGGCACCCAGCACGAUGCCCAGAACGACGCUCCGCCCAAGUACACGCCCCCGCCGUCCUACACCACGGCCACUGGAGCUCGCCUGGCCAAGCUUCUACGCCAGAGCAUUCGACGUAGUGUGCGCAGGGUUCUGGGAGACUCCAGUCGCACGCGACCCGUGCUCUCCCUGGAUGCGGAGUCCGCUUCCCCAGCGGCGCCACCUGAUUACUUGACCAUACUGACCAAUCCGGCGGGCAGUAGCUCCAAUGCGGAUCCCUCGCCAGCGUCCAGCAGCAGCAGUCCCGAGUCCAUUGAGAUUGGCCAGCGACCCGCUGGCUACGCCCAACGCUCGCAAUCGCUGGGCAGGAAGCUGCAUCGCUCCGGGGCCUCCACACUGGAGAGGCGCCAGUACACGGCGGAGGAUGUGGUGACCAUACUGCGCUCCUCGGUGCGACACCGCCAGUCGCAGGCAGGCGGGAGUGUGGGCACUGCCAGCACCCUGCCCCGCCCCCAGGCCACCGCCAUGUCCUCCAUGUCCACCCACUUGGAGGACGCCUCCUUCCGAUCCAUAGAGAACCUCGUGCUGAACGCCGAGCCGCCGGACAGGACGCCCGGGGUGGAGCUGGAGCUCGAACUGGAGGCUGGACGGUCGGAGGAGUGCGCGCAAAAUAAUACAUCUGUGAUCUAACUGACUAAUAUCGUACCGUACACAUAUCGUAACUCUUAUGCGAUCCACAUAUCCGCUUGCUUUCUUAGACUUGAUUAGCGCUAGUUAUCUAAAAUACGAAUAUACUUUGUAGUUAUGCGAAUAAUAACGAAAACAACUAGUUGGUAA